AUGGCAGGAAACGAUCCGAUUCCAGCGCCGACUUCGAUUCCGAUCCGGAGCCGGCAUCGAAGCAUGGCACCGCCCCCCGCCAAGCGCGGACGUCUCGCGUUCUCGCACAGGACCGGCAGGGUAGCCAGCAUGCCUGCGCUUUACGGCCACGGCCACGGCCCGUUUCUCGGCAACCACAGCCCGGGGCAGAGCACAAGCCCCUUCACGCCCGAGUCGCGGAGCGGCCUAGCAAGCCCAAGCAGCUUCUCGUCGCCGCCUACGGCGUCGCCGGAGUCGUCGUCAAAGCUAGUCGCGUCGCUAGAAUCGAUGAAGGAGCCAGACCCCACGCGUUUCUCGUUCGCGUGCCCCAUGGCUUUGCCGGCAAAAGUACGAUUCCCGCUUAUCGACAGUCCAGAGCCGGACUCGCCCAAGAAUAACGGUGCUACUGCUACUCCGGCGCCCCUAUUUGCCGCCAAUGGAAACGUCGCAAAGGACUGUGACCCACCCGCGUACGACGACUAUGAGACCGAGGAAGAGGACUGGGUCCCGAAUAGUCCAACAGAGGAUGCCGUCAUGACCCCGGCAGUAGUCGCAGGUGGCCAACCCGGGCUGUGGCAAGCGCCGGAGCAACCCAAGCCCAAGAAAGCAGAGAUCGUCGAGGCCCCGGCCACGCCUGUCCCCGUAGCGUCGGGGCAGAAUGUAAGAUUCACCAAGACACGCGACGAUUAUGUCAAGUACCUUGUUAACCGCUUUCGACAGUAUGAGUCUAAUACCGGAUGUACGACGCCAGAACGGGUUGAGAAGUACCCCUCGACUAAGGACGCUACUCAGGACGCCGCAGAUGAGGCGUAUGGGCCCCGGGGAGAGGAAAAGAAGGAAGAGAAGAACGAAGAGGUGAAGGAACGGAGUAAUCAGGGAAGCAAGGAAGAGAUCAAAAAGGAUAAUAAGGCGAAGGAGGAAUGCCAGGCACAGGGGCAUCAGCCUGCGCCGACCGAACCGUCGCCUCCCCAAUCCAGCUCCAACAACGCGGAGCACGGGCACAAGGGGCGUAAGCGCGUGACUCGGGUUUUCCGGAAGAUCAAGAAUUUUUUCAAGAGAAAAGAACCGGUAGGCCAAGCGCACGAGAUGGCCGAGCUAACGCGGGCCCGAACCAAAGCCCCGAAGGGAAAUGCUGAGGGUAAUACCGAACAGGUUAAGAACGGAUCUUCCGCGAAAACUGCAUCCGCGACCGCUGCCCGACCGUACCGAGAAGGGUAUACCGAGGAGAGAGGAGAGACAUCAGCGGAGGGUGCGAGGAAGUACGCUGCCGAGCGCGCGGAAACUGAAAUGUGGCUUGCCUACUUUUCGCUUGCCAAACGCCUCUACUAA